UUAAAAUGUAUGUAGUGGGGCUUAAAACUCACAAAAUACAAAGCUUUGUUGAGUGAUUUCUCUCUAUCACGAUUUACUGCAACCUCGUUUUGAAAUAAGAAGGUUGGGUCUUUAGUACAAUUGUAUGUUCACACGUACGCCUUAAAAUUAAAUUAAAUCUGGAAUGCAAAUAACCUGUCGCAAGGUAACAGCUGUGUCCACGGUCUUCUGGCCAGCCAUAAUGGAGCGCUGCCGGCUUUGGCCACAGGACAGAACAUGUGUUACUCAAGAGUCUGGAUGGCACACACGAACCAACAAGUGCGUCAUGUUCUGUUCAAUAAAAAUGAUAACAGCUCACUUUUAAAUAUUCGACCGAUGGGGAAGAAAGAUUGCAGUGGUCUAAGGAGUUUUCUAAGUCCAGGAUGCGUCCUACACCAGCCGUGUAUCCUUUUAGACUGUGCGGUGGAACGCUCUUUGAUUAGCCAAUCACAAAGCUAGAACUUGCGCAAGUAGGGGGGCGCUACAGCCCUCUAGCCGACGUUAUGUGAGGCUCACAUUCCCACCGAUGAAGCGAGACCGUUGCGACGUGCAUCACGUCCAUCUCUCAGACACUUGAUUAAUCAACAAAAACCGCGGACGCCUCAAGACUUACUAUCAUUUUCCUUUAACCUUCAUCCAUGCGAUUCUUCAGGCUUACCUUCAAGUGCUUUGUGGACUGCUUCUGAGUCCCAUAUUUCCAACGUCUGUCUGCGACGCACUGAAAAUAUCCCAUAUUGGAUUGUAACCAUAUUCUGAAAUAUCGCCGACGAUCCAUUUAUAGCCUAUCCAAAGACGAGAAUUACAACCAAGAGAAAACAUUAGCCAACCUAAAACUGAAGAACUGAAAAACGCGUCAGUUUCUGAGGCGCUAACAACCAUUCCAUCUAUUCACUAAAUCAUUGGACUAAGCGUUAGCCCUGCGCUAUUUAAUCAGAGCAGCAUGUCGCCUGAAGUGGGGGAACAAAUACCAAGAGAUGCUGGGUUUUCCAAGGUAGAGGGAAUGGAGAUGGGUGGCGAUGAGGAGGAGGAGGGGGAACUCAGCCACCCGCUGGUCACUGGGCCGCGCUCGUGUCCCAGCAACGUGUGUGAGCUCGGUCCGGGGACGGCGGCGGUGCCAAUGGCCGUCCACCCCAUGUGUGUGUGCGGAGGGGUUGGUGGUGGCGGCGGCGUGUGCGUCUGCGAGGCGGGAGGCGGCGCUCUGGAUCACACGGACCGCGAGACGUGGAGCAGGCAGAUGGACUUCAUCAUGUCCUGCGUGGGAUUCGCAGUGGGCCUCGGCAACGUCUGGAGGUUCCCUUACCUCUGCUACAAGAACGGAGGAGGUGUGUUCCUGAUCCCGUACGCUCUGAUGGUGGUCUUCGGGGGGCUUCCUGUGUUCUUCCUGGAGAUCGCCCUGGGCCAGUUCAUGAAGCAGGGAGGCGUCUCGGCCUGGAACAUCGCCCCUCUCUUUAAAGGGCUGGGAUUGGCCUCCAUGGUGAUUGUGUUCUUCUGCAACACCUACUACAUCAUGAUCCUAGUGUGGGGUCUCUACUUCCUGGUGCACUCCUUCACCUCCCCGCUGCCCUGGGCCUCGUGUGGCCACCCCUGGAACACGCCCAACUGCACACAGGACUUCCGCCGGGCCUGCUCCAAUCACACGCUGGCCUUGCUGAACUCCUCCUCCUCCUCCUCCUCCUCCUCCUCCUCCUCCUCCUCCUCCUCAUCCUCCUCCUCCUCCUCCUCUUCCACCUCCUCGUCCAAUAUCUCCGCUCUGGUGCUCGGGAAUGGGAGCUGUGUGGAGAUGGAGGGCAUGGUUUCACCCGUCAUGGAAUUCUGGGAGCGGAAUGUGCUGCGUCUGUCGAGUGGGCUGGACGACGUGGGCGACAUGAGUGGUCACAUGGUGCUAUGUCUGAUUGCCACGUGGGUCAUCGUCUACUUCUGUAUCUGGAAGGGGGUGAAAUCCACCGGCAAGGUGGUUUAUUUCACUGCACUGUUUCCAUACCUGGUGCUAGUAGUCUUGUUUGUCCAUGGUGUGUCUCUGCCUGGAGCUAUGGAUGGGAUCGUGUACUACCUGAAACCAGACUGGAGUAAACUCACCGAAGCACAGGUAUGGAUUGAUGCUGGAACCCAAAUCUUCUUCUCGUAUGCUAUUGGUCUUGGGGCCCUCACAGCUUUGGGCAGCUACAAUCGCUUCAACAACAACUGCUACCAGGAUGCCUUUGUCCUCGCUCUCAUCAACAGUGGGACCAGCUUCUUUGCUGGCUUCGUGGUGUUCUCUGUGCUUGGCUUCAUGGCUGCGGAGCAGGGGGUGGACAUCAGCCGCGUGGCCGAGAGCGGUCCUGGCCUGGCGUUUAUUGCCUAUCCCAAAGCUGUCACUCUGAUGCCGCUGGCUCCGCUGUGGGCCGUGCUCUUCUUCUUCAUGCUGCUGGUGCUGGGGCUGGACAGCCAGUUUGUUGGGGUGGAGGGCUUCAUCACCGGCCUGAUGGACAUGCUGCCUCGCAAGUCAAUGCUGGGCCGCCUGCGGCGCGAGGUCAUCGUGGCGAUAUGCUGCACGGUCUGCUUCAUCAUCGACCUCUCCAUGGUGACGCAGGGAGGGAUGUAUGUGUUCCAGUUGUUUGACUACUACUCAGCCAGUGGGAUGACUCUGCUGUGGCAGGCUUUCUGGGAGUGUGUGGUGGUGGCCUGGGUCUACGGAGCUGACCGUUUCAUGGAUGACGUGGCUCGGAUGAUUGGCUAUCACCCUCUGCCUUACAUGAAGUGGUGCUGGUCGUACUUCACGCCCUUAGUCUGCAUGGGGGUCUUCCUGUUCCACGUGGUGAACUACAAGCGCCUGGUGUAUAACGGGGUGUAUGUGUACCCUUGGUGGGGGGAGGCCAUAGGCUGGGCUCUGGCUCUCUCCUCUAUGCUUUGCAUUCCCCUCACCGUCAUCUAUAAACUGCUGCACUGCAAAGGCUCUCUGCCAGAGCGUUGGCAACACUUGACCACACCCAUCUGGGGACGCCACCACCUGGAGUUCCUUCCACCUGAAACAGAGACCAAACUACUGCCCAACUCUGAGCAGGGCAAAAACACCCUCCUGUACGAGACCGUCAUCUAACACACACACACACACACACACAAGUCUACACUCCCAUCCUGAGGUCUCUAAGAGUGCCACACACACACUCUAGACUUAGGCUUAAGUGAGAAUAUGUCCAGCAUCCAACCACGAGCACACACACACAAACACACACACACACACACACACACACUCAGACAUAAGCAUAUCCCGUCUUAUUGCCACUUAUCUGUUGGCCAUCCACAGCAUCAUAAAUAUCCAUCCCUAAGGGGUCAGACUGUAUCUUCUCUCUGUCUCCGUAUUGCAUCAGUAUUACUCUUCCUCCUUCUCUCUCUCUACUCUCUACACUGCCGUCCAAAAAGACAUUAGAAACAAAACGGUGACAAUUCCAUUUUUUCUCCUUUUAUGCAGCCGAAAAAAAAAAAGUAUACAGCAGUCAAAACAGUAACCAAGCCCUGCCAUGCCCAGUAGCAGGUUGGUUUCUGUUUGUUUUCCAGUAACUCUUGUGUGUGUGUGCGGUGUGUGUCCAGUGUUUUGUGUGUCCGUAUCAGUAUUGAUCCCGUGUGGGCCCAUGUGUUGUGAUCAGUCUGGGAAGGAGGAGGCAGGCUGAGGAAUAAAAAAAAACAUUAAAUAAUUUAAUGGA